CCGCGGGAGCCGCUGUUCGCCCGCCCGCCGCCGCCGCCAUGUUGAAUUUUAAUGUUAAUUUUCUAGAAAUUGUCCCAGAAAUUGGGACUGAGAUCCCUGGCUCGCCUUGAGAAGUCAGGCAAACUAAUAAACUAAAAAAACAAGCGAGUUUAAAUUAAAACAAAGAGAAUAAAGGACGACUCUGCGUUUCUGUAUUUAUGGUUCCACCCCUGCGGCCGCGAAAAGCAGAGAAGUUGGGUAAGAAAGAAGAUUGGAUUUUUUAAAGAAAGCUACCUAAUUCAGACAUAGACUAAAUGCAACUGCUUCAGGUUGUUUGUGGAUAUGAAGUGGUUGGGAGAAACAAAGAAUAUGUUUGUAAAUGGCAGCAGGAAAAAUGGGGGAAGGUUAUCCGGUGAGCAUCACCAGAGUCAAUCCAAGCUGCAUCACUCGGGAAGGGGAAGUACAAGGACCAAUGCAAGACUCACACUUGGAAAACGCAGCACUCGCAUGAUGGGUUUUGAGGGUCACUGCUCUCGAUAUGUACCUUCCACUGGAAUGACAGCAAAAGAACUGUGUGAAAAUGAUGAUCUUGCAACAAGUUUAGUCCUUGAUCCUUAUCUGGGGUUCCAGACACACAAAAUGAACACCAGGUAUGUCAGAUUUCGACCCAUAAAAGGAAGACAGGAAGACCUGAAAGAAGUAAUAGAGGAUUUCAAGAAGGGUGAAAAUUUAGAAAAGGCUUUCAAAGCAUUAACCACAGGCGAAUGGGCAAGACAUUAUUUCCUCAACAAAAACAAAAGCCAAGAGAAGUUAUUUAAGGAACACGUUUUUAUUUAUCUGAGAAUGUUUGCAGCAGAGAGUGGAUUUGAACUCUUGCCAUGUAAUCGGUAUUCCUCAGAGAAAAAUGGAGCCAAGAUAGUUGCAACCAGGGAAUGGAAGAAGAAUGACAAGAUUGAAUUGUUGGUUGGCUGCAUUGCAGAACUGUCAGAAAUGGAAGAAAACAUGCUACUGCGUCAUGGAGAAAAUGAUUUUAGUGUUAUGUUUUCAACAAGAAAAAACUGUGCUCAGCUCUGGCUUGGACCUGCUGCAUUUAUCAAUCAUGACUGCAGGCCAAACUGUAAGUUUGUAUCAACUGGUCGGGAUACAGCUUGUGUAAAAGUAUUGAGAGACAUUGAACCGGGUGAAGAAAUUUCCUGUUACUAUGGAGAUGGCUUCUUUGGUGAAAACAAUGAAUUUUGUGAAUGCUAUACUUGUGAAAGGCGUGGCCAAGGUGCUUUCAGAUCAAAGCCUGGACUUCCUGACCCUGUGCCAGUUAUAAACAGCAAGUAUGGACUCAGAGAAACAGAUAAACGUUUGAACAGAUUAAAAAAGUUGGGUGAUAAUGGAAAAAACUCUGAUAACCAAUCUGUGAGCUCAAACACUGAUGCAGAGAUUACUCAGGAAAAAGCUACAACUAGAAAAUCAAUCAAUAUAAAAAAGGAUAGUAAAAGCAGAACAAGGCAAACUUUGCCCAGAACAUCAGCUGCCUCUAAUUCUACCUCAUCUUCUUCAAAAAUGUGUUCUGCGGGUAAUUCUAAGGUACCAAAGAAACUGAAAACCUCAAGGCCAGUAAGGUCUUUGCCCCUAAAAUCUGGAUUAAGAAGUGAAUCUAGAAGAUCAGAGCAAAAGCCUAGUUUUGGAGGUCUUGAAAUGGACAACUUAGUGCUGAAGGAGCCUAAAGUAGUUCUUUAUAAGAAUUUGCCACUUGAGAAGGAGAAAGACUUAGAGGGGCCAGCAAAAAUUGAAGGUUCGGGUAGGUGCCUGACCAGACAUGCUGUUGGAGAAACAAACAUCAAUUCUGUAAAAGAACUGCAUAAAAUUUCUCGCUUGCGUAACGGAACUAUCCCUUGUGCCUACAUGACCCGACGGGCAAAAAGAACAAGACUUGCCCUCAGAGAGUCCUGUGAGGUUCCUUCACUGGAUCUUGAACCAAAUACAGUGGACAAUGAAAAUAUUCAUUGCACUGCACAGAAUGAACUUGUGGACUCAAUCUCACAUGCAUGUGAUGGCACCCAUAUAAACCCAUUGAUCCAGGAAACUGAUGUAGGUACAAACUGCCAAAAGAGUGGGGUGUGUUUGAGCAGGAGAAGGUCACAAGGAAAACUAGAAAAAAUUGAUGCACAGUUAGAUAAAUGUGAGCGCAUGUUAUCUUGCUCUGUAAAAGAUGGUGUGAUGGGGGAAUCAAUACCUGAGUUGGUAAGUCCUCCAAUUCACAAUCUCAAUGGGGGUGAAAAAGUUGCUUUGGUGAAUGUAUCUGGUGUUUACAGAGACUGUGUUGGUUCAUCAAAAGGUGACACUUCAGAUUCCUUCAUGGUUUCUCACAAAUCAAAAAGUUCACAAUCUCAUAAAAUAAGAAGUGACCAUUCAAGAAGAACAGGAGAAAGAAGCAGAAAGAAACGACGAAUCACGAGAUAUGAUGCACAAUUAAUACUUGAAAACAGUACUGGGAUUCCUAAGUUGACUCUCCGUAGACGACGUGACAGCAGUAGUAGUAAGACUAAUGACCAAGAAGUGGAUGGAAAGAAAUCAAAAAUUAGUAUCAAACUGAGCAAAGACUAUGAAAAUGACAAAGGUAAUAAUUAUGUAGCAAAGCUCAGUAAUGGGUUCACGACAGGCUCAGGAAAUAAUUCUACAAAACUUAAGAUACAGCUGAAACGUGAGGAACAGAAUAAAGGAAUUAAGCGAUCACACUCCGUCAUGGAAGACCUCUGUGACAGUGGCAUGUGUUGUGACAAUGCUGUUUUUCUGAGGCCUAAUGGGGAGUUCUAUGAGCAUAGACAACACAGAGAUGAUGAAGAGGAUGACGAUGAUGAUGAUACUUCCUCAUCUUUGUCAUCGUCCUCAUCAUCAUCGUCGUCUUCCUCAUCAUCUGAGGAGGAUGAUUAUGAUGAUGAGUUUGAAGAUGACUUUAUUCCACUUCCUCAGGCAAAAAGACUAAGACUUAUUGUUGGUAAAGACUCCAUAGAUAUCGACAUCUCAUCAAGGAGGAGAGAAGACCAGUCUUUAAGGCUUAAUGCAUAACUUUUGGUUCCAUACUAACCAUAAUGUACAGUACUUUCCAAUCAAUUAUUCCACAUUUGAAUGAAUUUACUGUAAAAUUUUGAUGGCACUUCUGUAUUCAUUAUCAACAUAAAUAUUGUAGAAAGUGUACAGUAUAUUGACUCAUUUGAUUUGUUUUUUUUGCAGAUUUUUAUUGUACUAUUAAUAGCCUUACCAUGUGCAAUUCUGAGUUUUGGAGGAACUCACUCUGUGGUAGAAUUAAGGUAUAAAGCAGAAUUGUUGUACAUAAAGAUCAGAUUUCUUCUCAUUUAUUUCUCCUUUUGAGCCUCAAUAUUUUGAAACACAAUUAUGGUGGGUAUUCCGUUUUUUAAAAUAAAAACUUGAGUCUGCUGUGCUUUACGAAUGAAGGUUGAAGAAAGCAAAAAGUAGUGGCAGCAAGUACAAACAAGCAACAAAUUUCUAUUAGUUGUCCUUAUCACCAGCAAAGGAAUUGUAGCUUUUAGGCUCGUUUGCUAGGUGUUUUCCCCAGGUUUUGUCAGUUUUACACUGUAUGCUGUCCCAGAUGUACUGUCUGUGGCCUUUGUUAGUAGCCAGCUAUUGGUUGGAAGUUUAAAUAAAUGGAGUUGUUUCAAUAAAAUAAGCGUGAGCCAUUUGCUGACCUUGGAAUACAGAUUAUGUGCAGGGUAUAGUUCUUUACAGCCUUAAGUAUUAAUAUACUUUGUAUAGCACCUAUAAAUGUAAAUUAUUUAGAAUCCUUGUAUUCACUUUGGACUGUUAAUAUAGCUGCAAAACAAUAUUUGUAGGUUUCCUGGAAAACUGAUCCUGUGAUUAAUUUUUUUAAAACUAAUUCAACAUCUUUUUGUAACAAUUUGGUAUUAAACUCAUAAAAAUUGAAUUUAAAUUUGAAUUUUUAUAUGCACAAGAAUUGUAUGUGUAUUCUGUAAUGGUAAUGAUGUUCAUCCAGUAUUUCUUCACUUGCAUUUCUUGGCACUUUUCAACAUAUUGGUGGAUGUCUGAAUUAGUAAUUCAAUCUUAUUCUGGCAAUUGAACUUAGCCAAAGAUUGAAAAGUAAUUCCAUGAAAAUAAUUCUUAGUUGCUUUAAUACCACUCAUGACCUUUGUACAUAAGGUUUGUGCUUGCAUUGAGCGGCUGCUGUUUUCUCAUUUAUUCUCAUCAAGAGAACAGUGAGUUAUUUUAUAAGCCUCUUGAUCUGAUGUAUAGCAUUACUUGAUGUCUGUCUAAAUAAUCUUGUGUGAUUUUUUUUGUUCUGUUGAGUUUUGUUGUGAAAGCACACUGAGAUCUAAAAGAAAAACAAUGUAAAACUAAUCAAAAUGAAUGUAAAUUGAUUUUUAAAUCCUCCAAAAACAGUAAUUUUAAUAAAUAGGGACUGACUUACACAAUUUGUUUCCUAGUAACCAGCCAGCCCUCAAGAUGCUUAAGAACUGGACAAUUUAUCUUUGAGAAGCUCUCAAGCCCUAAAGUGUGUUGUGUUUUUUUUAAAGUCCCUGCCAUAUAAUAGAGAGCCAAGAUGGUACACUCACAAAAUAUGUAUUCUUAUUUUCGAUUAGAUACAUUCUAUUUCCCAAAUUUUAUCUUGAUGUUUUGGUUGUCAUUUUGUAAUCCUGUUCUGAACCUAGUUGUGUUUUUUUUUGGAACACAAAGACUGCAGAUGCUGGAAAUCCAAUGCAACACAUACAAAAUGCUACAAGAACUCAGCAGGUCAGGCAGCAUAUAUGGGAUGGAACUGAUAGUCAAUGUUUUGGGCAAGAUCCUUCAGGACUGCAAGGAAGGGGGGAAGAUGCUAGCUGGAAGGUGGUGGGUGCAUCCAAGUGAAAGAUUAAGGGCUGAAGAAAGAAUCUGAUAGGAGAUUGGACCAUUGGAGAAAGGGGAGAAGGGAAGGACCCAGGGAGAAGUAAUAAGCAGGUGAGAAGAGGAAAAAGAUCAGAGUAGGGAAUGAGAGGGGGAAUUGGUUACUGAAAGGUGAAAUCAAUAUUCAUUCCAUCAGAUUGGAGGCCACCCAGGCAGAAUAUAAGGUGUUGCUCCUCCAACCUCCAAGGCACAAGAGAAGGCCUUGACUAGUUUUUAAUGAUUCUUUGUUGCAUUCUUGUGUCACUGUUUUUCCAAUAUUGUAAUGUAUAUUCUUUGUGUCUGUCUCCCUUUGUAGUUCUGAAUUUCCAUAUAUUUGUGAAGCUCUCAAUGUACUCUCUAGGUAGUGUUUGUCAUGCUUUGCUUCUGCAUUCUUCUCUAUUUUCUUCCAUUUUUCAGUUAGCUUUGUGUUCCUCAUGGCCACUUUUAAAGCAUCCCUCGUGCAUUCUGUUGUUGCUGCUCUUCAUUUCUGUCUCUUGUGCCUACCUCUGCUUUGCCGCUCCCUUGUUAUCUCUUUUAAAUUGUUCCUGUUGUCUCAUUGUUCUAUAAUCUGUGGCCGUUUAUUCUGCAUUAUGUAUGUCUCUUGCGCUGAAAUGAUCUGGUCUGACAGUUUCUCUUUCUUCAGAAAGUUUUUCCUGCGCAGACCCUGAUUUCUCCAUCACAUCUUUAACUUCUGUGCAUUCUAGAACAACUUCAUCAUCUUUUGCAGGUUUGAACCUGCAGGUGGAGGGGUCUAUAUCUGCACUGCUGUUCAAUAAUAUCAUGGUUGAUAUUUUACUUGAUGAUAUUUUUCUGUACUAAUCUUGUGUAUCUUUUCUGCUUUCCACAGCAACCACUCUUUGUAACUCCCUGGUCUGCCAUUCCUCACCACCCACCCUCCCACCUCCUGGCACUUUCCUGUACAACCAAAGGAAGUGCAACACCUGCCCUCUCACCAUCUCUCUCAAAAUCAUUCAGGAAACUCCUCUGGGUGAGGUAGAGAUUUACAUUGACUUCCUUCAAACUUAUCCAUUGCACUUGGUGCUCUUAAUAGGGCAUCAUGAACAUUGGUGAGGCCAAGCAUGAACUAUGUGACCGGUUUGUAGAAUACUUGGCCUUUGUCUGCAAUGGCCAUCUUGAGCUUCCAGUUGCAUGCCAUUUCAACUCACACCGAGCUGCCUGUCUAUCUUUGGCCUUCUCCACUGACAUGGUGAGGCCAGACACAAAUAGGACCUCAUAAUCUGCUUGGGUAGCUUACAGUCCAGUGCUGAAUACGUUGAGUUUUCCAAUUUCAAGUGACCCAUUCAACCUAUGUUCAUUUCUGACUCUGAGUCCUGGUGUUCUCUUUCCCUUCGUUGACCUUUCCCAUUUCCCUCUGCCCAUCAACCACACACCUAACACUUGUUUCUUCUCCCCAUAAUUUGACCCAGAUUUCCUCCAGCAAUUUGUUUUUGCUCUGGAUUCCAGCAUCUGCAGUACCUUGUUUCUCCUUUUUUUAACUUCCUUUUUUUAAACUUCUUUGAAGUUUUGUUUGUUUCUUUUAGCCAUCCUUACAUGUUCUUAUUUCUGAUAUUGAUCCUGUCCUUUUACACCUUGUGUUUAGAGUCAGCCAAAAUAACAUCAUAAAUAAAGAUUUCCGUUUGCUAUCACUUUAGUCAGACUAGUACUAAUUGUAAAAUUCUUUACAGUUUCGGGGAGGAGUUGUCCUUGUUAAGAACCAUUGUGUGCAUCAUUAUGCCUUUUAAGGAAGCAGUGGAGAACAGCAGGAUAAGAGUAGUUAGGGGUAGGUUCAGUUGCUGUGAUAGGGUAAGAAAUGGACAGGACUAUAAAACUAACUGAAUUUAUAUAUUGACCGUUGAGAUUAAACCAGGUGUGUUUAGUUUGGAUCCGAGAGACUGGGAGAAUGCGAUUGAUGAUGGGAUUAACUAAAUAAACUAAACAAGAGCAAGGCUGUAAUCAAUUAAGGAAAAAUUAAUAGAAAAGUAAUUUUGGAGAGGUAGCAAAAGUGGUCAAUCGAUAAAAUAGAAGUAACAUUUUCUAAUACUCCUGAUCUUCAUUGCUGUUAUUUGGCUUAUUUUUGGACAGUGAUUGCUUGAUAUCUGAAAUUAAAAUAAAAUUCUGGAAAUAGUCUGGCUGGGCAAUGUUUGUGAGGAAAGCAACAAUAGUAACAUUUUUUACCUUGUGUCAACACCACAGAUUCUGCCUAACCUCCCAAAUAAUUCCAUACUUGGAAGUAUGGAAGUAUUUCCAAGUUUGUUUUUCUCUUUCCUUCAUCUAAUAUAUGUUGUACUUUGCCUUUCAAAAAGAUUUCUCUCAAAUAAUAUACGAUUAACCCAUAGAUGACUUACAAAGCAAAUAUUUUCACCUUUUGGCAUCUAUGAAAGCAGCCAAUUAAGUUUUAAUACGGAUAUUAUUUUGCUGUUAGCUCUCUAGUGCAUGAAGACCAAGUCAUAAAAAUGGAGAUAAAUAUACACCGUUUGCUGUUGCCCUUUUACUGUACUCUUGUUAUUUAUAUUGGAGUAAAAUAUUUUUGGCUAGUUACUUUAAAUGAUCAUUUUAGCAUGUAGAUUUUUUAAAAUAAGAUAUUUUAAUUUUUUGAAGAUGCUAAGUCUGUGAUUUUUAACCAACCAAUUGAAGUUGAUUGGCACUCUUGUAACUUCUGAAUAUCCUGCUGAGAAAAUGCAAGUAUAAAGAAUGACUAAAGGAAAUUAUUGAAAGGCCCAUGGACGUGCAUCCAGUAAUGAUUGGCAUUUUCCGAAGAAGGAAAAUCUGAAUAAAGAAAGUCUUGGUGAUUAUGGUAGUUACAAGAUCAAACUGAUCCAUGGUGUAUGCUCAUACAUUGAAUCUAUUUACAGAAAUAGAAAGCAACAAUUGUCUACUAAGUGUUUUUAAUAGACUUGGGGAAAGAAUAUUAAAGCAACCAUGUCCUGUGGAUGAAAUGCUUCCCACUGAUUAACUUUUACUGAAAAGUAAUCACUCCUUCACUUCUGACGGUUUAUUUUAAAGUACUUUCUGUUAAAUGUCAAUGAAAAAUAUUUUCAUUCCAGUUUAUCAUAGUUUCAUCAAUUACAAGAUAUGCACACAUUGAACAGUGUAA